AUGGUAGCAUCACUGUAUUGUCUGUUCGCCUUGACAUUUCUAUAUACUGUAAUCCCCCGAUGGUUCCGUCGGCGCUCAUCGGUUUCGCUCAUACGAGGCCCGAAGCCUGAAUUCUUCUUCGGCAAUGUGCGGCAGACCAUGCGGCAAAACAAUGUCGAAGUCAUGUCGAAAUGGGCUCAAGAAUUCGGUCCAGUGUUCCGAUUCAGGAGCUUGAUGGGUAAUGAUAAAUUAGUUAUCUAUGACCCCAAGGCGCUUCAGUAUGUUCUCAAUACCGCAGCCUAUGACUUCCCCAAGCCAGGAUGGCUGAGAGCUUUCAUAAAAACCAUUGUAGGACCAGAUAUUAUAUGGUCGGAAGGAGAUACCCAUAAAAGACACAGAAAGGUCAUGUUGCCUGCCUUCGGUUACGCUGAAGCGAGGGCACUUUUCCCGGUGUUCAGAUCUGUGGGCGAGACGCUGGGUAAUAAAUGGCAAGAAAUCAUCGAAGACUGUUCGGAUAACGAUGGUGCGGUCAUCGACGUCCACGAUUGGUUGAGUCGUGCUACGCUAGAUGCCAUUAGCGAGGCUGCCUUUGAGAUGCGGUUAGGAUUGAUGGACAACCAAGAAAAUGAGCUCGGGGAGGUCUAUAAGAACUUUAAUGCCGAAUCCACUCCAGCGAGUAGACGGCUAGUGAAUGCCGUCCUAGACUUCAUCCCUGCCUCGCUUAUCUCGCCUGUCUUCAAUAUCCUGCCGCUCAAGCAGGUCGUCAUUCUGCAAGAGCAUAAGAAGCGAGCGGAUAGAGUAGCCCGUGAACUACUGUCGCAGAAGAUGGAAGAACUCCGAGUGGGCAAAGGCAAGCGAGAUGUUUUCAGUUUGCUCGUCAAAGCGAACGAGUCAAUGCAGCCUGAACGCCGUAUGACUGAGGAAGAAAUUUUGGCGCAAAUGAGUACCAUAUUCGUGGCUGGACAUGAUACCACCGCCAGCACGUUGACGUGGGUCCUUUGGCUGCUCGCGAGUCACGUGGAUGCGCAAAGCCGGAUACGCGACGAGAUAAGGCAGGCACAGUCUGCUGGCCGUGCGCGCGGCGAACAUCAAUUGCAGCUGAACGACAUUGAGAACAUGGUGUUCCUCCAAGCAUUUCUCAAGGAAACUUUGCGCUUAUAUCCUAUAGUAUUUCAGACAUCUCGUGUUGCGAGUAAAGAUACUGUAUUACCGUUGUCCAGGGAUAUCGAGACUGUGGAUGGACAAACUGUUCGGGAGAUUCAUGUUCCAGCAGGCGCGGAGAUAAUCGUGGCGAUUGGCAGUUAUAAUCGGGACAAAUCUAUAUGGGGUGAGGAUGGAGAUGUCUUUAACCCUGACAGAUGGUUGGAAGGGGGAGCGGCGACCAAACAAAGCGGUUCCGUCGGAGUGGUUGGAAAUUUGUUGUCUUUCUCAAGCGGAUCCAGGGCGUGCCUUGGCUGGCGAUUUGCCAUGGUGAAGAUGCAAAGCUUCAUCGUAGAACUAAUUGACCGUUUCGAUCUUCGACCUCAGCAUCCCAAGCAGCGGGUCCGCCAGUGGGGAGACAAUUUGACGUCCCCCCUUGUAGAUGGAGAAGAACAUAAGGGAGCGGAGUUGCACCUUAUCGUUUCACUUGCGUCAAAAGACUAA